CCAAAGAAACCCAUUUUGUUUCUCUUCUUUUGGUUAGUGUGUGCACGGUGAGAUAAGAAAGAUCACAUUUCCAUGACCCAGAAAAACCCCAUGAAUGGGCACUAGGCAGAGCUCAUGGAAAUGGGUUCGGGCUCUUUGACAGAUUCAGGUGGUUCUUCUACCAACUCUUCAACUGAGUCACUCAACGGCUUGAAGUUUGGUAAAAAAAUAUACUUUGAGGAUGCAGCAGCUGCUGAUGCUGUUGGUGCAACCAUGGGGACUCCACCCAAGUCAGGUCCCGGGUCUUCAAGCUCAUCCGGGUCGGGUAGGAAGGUCAGGGUUGGUGGAGUGGUGCAAGGUGCUCAUCCUCCAAGGUGUCAAGUAGAAGGGUGUAAAGUAGAUCUGAGUGAUGCUAAGGCUUACUAUUCAAGGCAUAAGGUUUGUGCUAUGCACUCUAAGUCACCUAAAGUCAUUGUUGCUGGUCUUGAGCAAAGGUUUUGUCAGCAGUGUAGCAGAUUUCAUCAGCUUCCUGAAUUUGACCAAGGGAAACGGAGUUGCCGUAGACGGCUAGCAGGUCACAAUGAGCGACGCAGGAAACCACCACCUGGAUCAUUAUUGCCCUCUCCUUAUGGCAGGCUCUCUUCAUCUAUUAUUGAAAGCGGCAGUAGAGGUGGGAGCUUUAUCAUGGAUUUCACAGCUUACCCAAGGCUUUCCGGAAGAGAUGCGUGGCCAACAGCAAGAUCGAUGGAGCGUACACCUGGAAAUCAAAACAUGGCUAUGGGAAGGUCACUUCCACAUCCAUGGCAAAACAACUCAGAGAAUCCUCCGCCUGACCUUUUCCUUCAUGGGUCGCCUGGUGGGACUGGUUUCUCCAGUACUGCAAUUGCUCCGGGAGAAUGCUUCACGGGAGUUGAUGACUCAAGCUGUGCUCUCUCUCUUCUGUCAAAUCAACCAUGGGGCUCCAGAAAUCGGGCUUCGAGUCUUGGGGUAAAUGAUAUGAUGAAUACCGAAGGAUCUUCUCUGGCUCAACUAACAACGCCUCAUAGUGCAGUUGUGAAUCCUUAUUCAAAUGCCUCUUGGGCUUUCAAGGGCAAUAACUCUGGUAACAGCUCUAAUGAGAUGCCCCCUAACCUGGGUUUGGGCCAAAUCUCAGAGCCUGUUAAUAGUCAAUUUUUUGGCAGGCCUGAGUUGUCUCAGCAAAACAGGAGGCAAUAUAUGGAACUUGAGCACUCCAGGUCGUGUGACAUCUCCACGCAGCAUGUUCACUGGUCGCUCUAAGUUUGUUGCGCUUCUCUCUCGUGCAUGUUGGCCAGUUUUUGUGCCAAGAUCUUAUGUCAUGUAAUGACUUGUGGUGUUUCGGGCACCGGAUUUUGUGUUUUGAUUGAAUAAACCCAAACUAUUCCCUGUUUAGUGUCGGCCUAAGGUUGUAACAUGCUGAAUGGCAAGGUGUUCCGCUUGCCUAAACUAAUUAGCGGUUAAACAAUCUAUCAAUGUAUUCCCCUGCAUUUGUCAUUGCUGCUGCCUGAAUCAGUAGGCGGGAGUUGGACAAUGUUUUGGUAUUUAGUUAUGAUGCGUCAUAAUAUGUGUUCUACAGACGGAACUUCAUUAAGAUCAAGAAGUAUUUUGAAAGUUCUAUGUUUGGAAUUUCAAUGCAGUAAUAGGUUUCAGUCAUGUAUUUGAGUUCUUGAUCAAGUGUGAUUAUCCUUAACUGAAUUU